UCUUUUCCUUGUUGCCACUCACCAGAGAACGAAUAUAUCAACAGCCGUCAGCAAAGCACAUCCAAGCUGGAUGCAGGCCAAGAACAAGCAGCAUCGUGGACAUCUGGGCAGAGAGGUGGAAGGGUUACCGGUGCAACAGUGAGAUCGGAACAUGCGGAGACUGCUGGGCAGCAGCUGGAGGAAGUUCGGACAUGCUGGCAGGGGGAGUUAUGAGUGGUUAACUAGUGAGCCAAGCCUACCUCUUCUGGAAACCCAGCUGCAGGGCACUCAGAAGAUAAGUUCUACCCAAGAAGAUGUGGAGCCCUUCUUAUGCAUCCUUCUUCCAGUGACCAUCCUGCUCUUCCUGGCUUUCCUGUUGCUUUUCCUGUACCACCACUGCAAGACCCCACGACCUCAGGGGCAAGUGUUCAGUAUUGACCUCCCAGAGCACCCACCUUCUUCAGAACUCACUGACUUCCUGCCGGGCUUAUCCUGGAGCAAUGAACACACCUUCCCAUACUCACCUCUCCCCAGGGAGACUGCCUUCCUCUCUGUGUGCUUACCACCUUCCUAUGAAGAGGCCACAAGAAAUCCCCCAGAUGUUGUACUUCAGUGUGAAGAGGGCUCACCAAGGCUAGGUGAGCAUAUAUAAAUUGUUCUUGGAAACUAUUUAAAACACAGCCCUCAACCUUAAUAAGAAGACACAUGAGAAGGGAAGAAAAAAGGAAUCUAGAUCCAAGAAGCCACUACACGUUGGAUGGAAGGGACAAACCCCUUCAGCUGGGGACAAAGCUCAUCUACUUAACCCAUCUUCAAUUUUCUUAGGGGAAGUUUUCCCAGAUCACUCUAAAGAUGACUGGACCCUCCAAAAUGUAUAGUAUCAGCAGUAGAAAAGAUCUUUGUGAGUUGAAAUCAAUCAAAUUUAGAAUUACUAGUAAACAUAGCAACUGUGGCUGAAGAAAAAGUGUUAAUACUAGAUGAACCAAAGGUAACUUAUCUCCAGUGAAUAAAUGUCUUCCUAUGUAAAGUGAGCCCUCAUGUCCUCACUUCUAUGUGAGGGCUUCAAGAUGCAGAGUAUUGUAGAAGGAACAAAAAGCACCUCUAGAUCUCCUGAGUAGUCAGUUAUGCUAUAAAUUAAAGUGAAACAUGUUUCAAUAUUAAAAGUAUAAUUGGGCUGGAAAAAUAGCUCAUCUGGAUAAUGCUCCUGCUUUGUCAUGUACACAACUCAGGUUCAAGACCAGCCCCUAUUGACUGAAGAUUCUUCAGUGGU